CCAUUUUUCUCUCUCUCUUUUCAUUUUUAUUUAAAUAUACAUAAAAUGUUCUGAAAUUUGAGGAACAGCUGCCACCGGCGGCGGACUGGAAUCCGGCAGCGGCGCCGGCGUUGGUUGAAAUUGAUGAAUCGGAUCGAAGCAAGGCUUGAUUGUGAAUCAGUGAAAUUGACACACACACACACACAAAAAAAACACAUUGGUUAUAUUAUUCUCCCACAAACAUAAAAUCCGACGUGGCAGGCGCCCACAAAACUCUUAACAAACUCUCACCUUUCUCUCAUUAUUUCCACAUUCCAUUAAAAAUUUAAAAACCCUCACUCGCAUCUCUUCACCACCAUGCGCCACCGCUUCCCUCUGCCUCCAGCUCCGGCGCCCCAUCCUCCGUCUCCUUCUCCCAAAUCCUCCGCGGCAACACAGGCACAGACAACGCCUUCUUCCGCCUCCCCGCCGGCGUCAAAGCUGCCGGUUGACUUCAGCCCGCCGCUGAUCGCCAUGGUCGUCAUAAUCGCCACGGCUUUCGUCAUCAUCACCUACUCGCGCCUCCUCUCGCGCCACUUCAUCCACGCCUACCGCCGCUACCGGCGCUGGAGGCGGCGCCGGCGGAGGUACGUCCCGUCGUCGUCCGCCGGCGACAUCGAGUCGCCGCCGUAUAUCUACGACCCGACCGACGCGUUCCACGUGCUGUCGCCGUACGGACUGGACGAAUCGAUCAUCAAAGGCAUUCCUCUCUCCGUCUACACGCGGAAGAGCGGCUUCUACGACUGCGCCGUGUGCUUGCUGGAGUUCGAGGACAACGACUACGUCCGCACGCUUCCGGUUUGCUCACACGCUUUCCAUGUCGACUGCAUCGAUAUAUGGCUGCGCUCGCACGCCAACUGCCCGCUCUGCCGCGCCGGAAUAUUCCGCCCGGACUCGCCGUUCACGCCGCUCAUGGCGGCCAGGAUCCGACCCAGCCUCGACGAUAUCAUAAUCGAGAGCACCAUUUUGGAGCCUCUCUCCGAGAUCUCUGCGGAAUCGGAAUCGGAAGCUGAAGCGGAAGCGGUUACAGAAGGAGAAAUCACUCAGGAACCCUCGCCGCGGCGGAAUAAUCAAUCAGAGGACAGGUUUAACCGCCGCGAUUUUCUAUUGAAGCGAUCGUAUUCGUUCGGAUUCGAACGGAAUUUAGGAUCGGAGAGAUUAGUGCUGGAGCCGGUGACAUCCUCGCCGUGGCGGUACCGGAUCGGCGGAGGAGGAGGAAGCGUGUGGAGCAAACGCCCUUCCCCGUUCAGCUCGCUGACGAAACAUAGGGUUUUCUCAUUCCGCUACUACCGCGGCAUGAAAUCCCCAUUCUUCCGGCGGCGGAGCAUCGGCAGCUUCUUCCCCCUCUCCGAGUCGAGCGGCGGCUCGUCGCGGCGGACGAAAUCGUUCGCCAGCCCGAUGUUCAUGCGGUCGUCGGCGGCGGCGGCGGGAGCGCUGUUCUCGUCGAGCCGGCUGCGGAGCGGGGAUCCGGAGGCGCUGCUGUCGCCGGAGAGAUUCAGCAAACGGUGAUGCGGGCGACACGUGGAUGGCUGAGAAUGAAGGCGCGAAAAUUGCUGUGGAAAAAAAAGAAAAAAUUAAUGGAAAGAAAAGUCUCAUGUGGGAAAUUAAUAGCGUGUCUGGAAUUUCUGAAGGAGGCAUUAAAUGGAGGGCCGCAUUUAAACAAUCGGGCUGUCUAUCGGUGGGAAUCGGAAGUCCGGCGGCGGCGGAGGUGGUGGUGGUGGUGGAAAUCCGACAAAUGGAAGUGGAGCACUAAAAAUGGUUGUGUUUGAACGUUGAAAGGAAUGGGGCAUGGUAGCACUAUAUGGGGUGCUUUUGGGGGUCAAAUCUAUGGUGAGUACAAUUGUUGAUCGAGACUAGGAUGAAUUGUGAAAUUGGACUUUUGGGGAUUGUAGGGGGAAAUGGGGGUGAGUCACUAGUUUUGAUGCUCAAUUUUGAUGAUAUUGUAAUCAUAGGUUCAAAUGAGAAGUGAGCACUUACCUUUUUAUUC